UGUGGCCAUCUAGCAGUUGCAGACGAAACUGAGAUGUGUUUUGGACGCUUUGUGGUUAUAUCUAUUGGGUUAUAUUAUCCACUUUUUCUUAAUAAAAAGGGAAGAAUAUUAUUGUAAAUUUUCCUGUACAUGUAAAUAUGCUUAAAUUUCGAAUAAAUACAAUUGUCUUUAGUUUCCUUGUAAUGGGUGAGAAAGGAUAGUUGUGUUAAAGAAAAUAUAUAACCUCAUCAACACAACUGCAAACAGUAUGUCUUCAAAGUAAACAAUGAUGAGCGUGAUUGCUGUGAACACUUUGAAAUGAUAAACAAUAAGUCAAAUUAGAUGAGAUCUUAAAAAUAAAUGAAUAAAUGUCACCAAAACAAUUUACACUACUUGUUUUAAUUUAAAGACGUUAUUUAUAAUAUAGAGAUUUGUUUAUGGACACGAUGGAAAGGGAGAAAGAAACCAAAGAGGCUGAUGAUGCUCAAAUAUUUUUUGAUUUUUUUGUUGAUCUACUCGAAAAUCACAGGGAAACUGCGGUUUAUUAUUUUUCAGAAAACGCUCUUUUGGAUUGGUUUGGCCAAACUGUUAGGGGCGAAAAGGGUAUCAGGGGUUUUUUUAGAACCACUAUAGCAACUGUUACACAUGAAUUUAAAGAUGUGACACCGGUAUCUAAGAUUGGCUACAGGGACAGUCAUGUUGUACAAUUACCAGUUAAAAAAUCUAUAAGAUGUGAGACAUUAGUGCCAGGGAUAACAGAGCUUUUAUGUAACAGUGAAAAAACUCCCCCUAAUAAACCACUCCAAAGAAUAAAUCAUAAUAUUGAGGAAAAAGGGCAAGGGGACGGAUUUCAUGUGGAGCAAAGCCACUAUCAUCAUAGUCCCCCAAAGAGGCUAAGGAUGGAGCAGGGUCAAGGUGACGCUGAAGCAUCAGUAGCUUCAAUUAAAUAUUUGAGUACAAACGGUUAUGUGGAGUUCCACAAAAAGUCCUCAAAAAAACUGCAAACAGAAACAAAGUGGAAACGGCCCUGUAAACUGGAAAUUGCUUAUUCCAUAGAUCCAGUGGAAAAGUAUAUAAUUCAUCUUGUGAUUUAUGAAGGGAAUAUGAAGUGUCGUAAAAAUCUACUAAAAGAUUUUGAAGCUUGUCAUAGUAAAGACGUCACAUGAAGUUAUUUUAAUUGAUUAGUUUUUUUGUUGUUUGUACGUAUAUAUUAAAAAAUACGUACUAAUAUUGGCUUUUCUUGAAUAUAGUAAGAUAUAUUUGUAGGUAUAUAAAGAGUUUCAGAUAAAUCAGGGGUAAAAAUUUUUGAAAUAAAUCGUGUUUUCAUUUUUUGAAUGUAUCGAAAAUAGUUACCAUUUUUUAGAUUCAUUUUAAUAUAUUAUAACAGUACAAAUUUUCCAAUCAACAUUACAUAUUAAUGAAAGAAUUAAUUAACAAUUAUCAUUGUAAUGUUAUUCUGUCUAUAUGAUGGUUAUAUGUAAUGGGUUUAGUUAGCGCUCUUUUGUAAAUAUUGAUAGUAAUGAUAAAGUGAUAAAAGGUAUGUUAUAUAUGAAUAUUUUUGUUACCGUACUUGUAAUUUUCUGUUUAGAAUAGGAGAGUAAUCUUGUAAUUUUUAAUCAAAUCGUCAGUAUUUCUAUUUUAUCGAAACAUUAUGUAGUGUCUGAUUUAAUUGUAGUGAUUUAACUGUUUUGUGUUAACUAAUUGAGAAUAGAACCUGUCGAUCUGAUUUUUUGUUCCCUUGUGUUGUUUGUGCAAUUACUAUUUUUUUAUGCUUCGAUUUUUUAAAUUGUGGAAUAUUUUUAUAUUUUUUUAAAUAUAUAAUUACAUUUUAACUAAUGGUUCUCUAAACAAUUUCAUUUUUAUAGAAAUAUAUUGAACUUAGGUUUUAGGUUUUAAAAUCAGAAAACGGGUGGGUGGCUUAACAUAAAAUACAUUUUAUAUAUUCUCA